AUGAACAUAAUGGCCGUUAUUACAAUUAAACUCCUCAAGAAGCAGAUCAGCGAGAAGGAUAGCGCAGGAUUUGUGAUCUUGCGUGCUGAAGAGCCUGAAGAUAUGUGGCACAUUUACAAUCUAAUCCACGUAUCGGACUUAGUAAAAACGACGACGAUCCGCAAGGUGGUAAAAGAAGGUGUGACGGGCUCUACCAGUAGCCAGCGUGUGCGAAUGACUCUUCAAAUCGAGGUAGAGCAAGUAAAUUUUGACCCAGCACUAUGUGUACUGCGGAUCAAGGGCAAGAAUAUUAUGGAGAGCCAACAUGUCCGGCUGGGAGCUUAUCACACGCUAGAUCUUGAAAUGAAUCGUGAUUUUACGCUAACUAAAAACUGCUGGGACGUCAUGUCAUUAGAGCGCAUUAACAUAGCAUGCGACGUCACUAAACAAGCUGAGCUAGCGGCAGUGGUCAUGCAGUCUGGCCUGGCCCAUCUAUGCUUAAUCAAGGGUGACAUGACUGUCAUUCGUGCAAGGAUUGAGAUUAGUGUACCCAAAAAACGCCCUGGAAACUCGGCCCACGCGAAGGGGAUCGAAAGAUUUUACGAAAACAUCGUGCGCUCCAUUCGGCAGCAUAUUGACUUUAAGCUAGUCAAGUGUGUAAUCCUCGCGAGUCCAGGGUUCGUCAAGGAUAACUUUUAUAAGUUCAUGUUAGAGCAUGCUGUCCGCCACGAUGACAAGAUUAUUCUUGAGAAUAAGCAGAAAUUUGUGCUAUGCCAUUCAUCAUCUGGUCACAAGCAUGCGCUGGACGAAGUACUGAGUGACCCAUCAAUUCAGUCACACGUGGCGGAUACAAAGGCAGUGGAAGAUGUCAAGUGCCUAGAACAAUUCUUCAACAUGCUGCAUAUUGACCAGGAUCGCGCAUACUACGGUUACAAGCACGUCAUUCGAGCAAAUUCUAACAUGGCCAUUGAGACGCUUAUGAUCUCGGAUGCUCUGUUUCGAUCGCAAGAUAUCGCAACGCGUCGUAAGUAUGUUGAAAUAGUAGAAAGUGUGCGAGAUAAUGGUGGCACAGUGCGGCUUUUCAGUAGUAUGCACGUGUCGGGCGAAAAGCUUGGUCAAGUGAGUGGUAUCGCUGCUAUUCUACGUUUCCCAAUGCCCGAAAUCGACGAAGAGGAUCAAAACGACGAUUCUGAAGGUGAGGACGAGAAGGAUGAAGAUAGCGGGGCUGGAAAUGUUUUGGUAGACGCUUCAAAGGCUGAUUGUUCUAUUCCAUUAAAGAAUGAAAGUGCUUAG